AAAUACUUCCUGGUCAACAAAGGCACUCUGUUUACAUUUUAUUGAUGCUAAACUACAUUUGAUUUCGAGGCGUCGGCAUCUAUGCUUUUCUACAGCCUAUUUCUUCUACACUUCCAAUUAACAAUCCUGUAAGCGUUUUCUCUAGUAAUGGCAAAUUCCGUUGCUUUUCACACUCAGCUAGCCUCCAUCAUGGAGGUUUUGGCUAACGCGGCCGUGGCUGAAAUCUGCGAGCUUGUUGACAAUGGCUAUGCCGUGCUGCAUGUGGAGAUAUCUCGAGGCCAGAAGGAGAAUGAAACUUUGAGGAGAAAACUACGGCUGAUGGAGAUGAAAGUGUCUAGUGCGAGAGAGGGAAUGGGAAACUCCGUCCUUCCGCACAGUCGCUUUCGAGCUCACCUUGGCAUGGAAUCCAAAAGGACAUCAAACAGCGAGGUACGAUGUCGGGGAGCAAUUGAUUCCAAGUUGGUAACCAGCAUGUUUAGGCACAGAGAGUCCUCGGGUGACACUGGACAAACGACAACACCGAGAAAGACUGCAGGGUUGGAAGAGAGAAACCCCAAAUCCCCUACCAUCAAAGAGGAGAUGUGGGAAGAAUCCUGGGAGAAUCAUGACCAAUGGGGGAGACUGAGUGGUGGAGCUUUACAUCACAGUGCUGAUGGAGGAGAAAGGCAAUCCAACGUGGACACAGAGGCUGCUCAACCAAUCAGCAAACAGGAGAACGCCAGCUCUUGUUUAUGGGUGAGUGGUGAAACGGACAACAACCUCCUGCCAGGAUCAAAUAACCUGAGUGUGAACAAAAGAUCUCGAAACCCAGGACUGGAAAAUGGUGAUGGAAUACUUAAAAGUGUGGGCUUUGAUUGUAUGAUGUUUGAGCCCCACAGACAACUUGGGACCCUUCGCACACAGGGUUCUGGGGCUGAUCUUCCCGAGUGCUCUUACUCUCAUGUGGAUGUUGUCCCCACUCAAUCGGAGUCAGAGAAUGGAUUCCCCUAUGACAUGAGCAAAGUGAUUCCCUCCAUAACUGAGCACAAAAAACCUGUUGCUUACCAGGACGGUAGACAGAGGGCGCCGUUGCCCUCAGAGCCUCACAGGACUGUAGGAAAAGGCAUGGAAACAGGAUCCAAUGGUUUGGUCUCCCAUGACAGUCAUAACAAUGAUGGGAGUAACAAUGGCGACGUCUCAGCAGGUAAGCUGUUAACUUGUAGUUUCUGCGGUAAGACUUUGACUUGUCUGAAGAAUCUCAAGACACACCUGAGGGUUCACACCGGGGAGAAGCCGUUCAGCUGCGCGCAGUGCGGGAAGCGCUUCUCCGACUCCAGCAACCUCAAGCGACACCAGAGCGUUCACACGGGGGAGAGACGCUACGGCUGCAGCCACUGCGGCAAGCGCUUCGCACAGUCGGGCUCACUCAAAGUCCACAUGAGCGUACACACGGGAUGUAAGCAGUUCAGAUGUAUGCACUGUGGGAAGACUUUCAUAUCGGCCAAUCACCUCUAUAGACACAUCAGUGUUCACGAUGGAUAAAUACUUUUACCAACAACUUUUCAAUGGGUGAGAGCAUGCCUAAACGUGCUUCAGCCAAGCUUGAACAGAAAAGGGACUCGGGAGGUUGGAAUUUAUUGGGAUGACUCAUGUACUGGAGGCAGCUCUGCAGGGUAGUCAACCACAGUCAUAAAAUCAGCUCUUUAAACCAAACAACUUAAGACCAAAAAGCUAAAAAAAAAAAAAACAUUUGUACAAUAUACGGUGCAUUUGGAAAGUCUUCAGACCCCUAGACCUUUUCCACAUUGUUACAUUAGCCUUAUUCUGAAUUCGAUUAAAUUGCCCCCCCCCUCCCCUCAAGCUACACACACUACCCAAUAAUGACAAAGCAUAAACAGGUUUAGACAUUUUUGCAAGAUGUAGAAACAUCAAGGGGGAUCAGUGGAGACAUGAU